CCCUCCCUCACCCGCUUUUCAAAUUUUGGUCGGAGGAGAGAAAACAGCCUCGCGCCGGGGUGCGCGCGAAGACGAGCCGAGGGGAGACGGACACACCCUCCGGUCAGCCCUCCCCGCGCUGCGCGGCGCCAGGAGGCGGGGGCCCGGCGAGGCUGCGCCGACUGAGAACGUCGGCUCCCCGCGGCGAGGCGCCGACGAUGGCCCGUUGACUGGAGCGGGAGCGCUGCGCCCGGCGGGAUGAUGCUCCGGAGGGGCCCCUGGCCCUGGCGCGCGCGGCUGCUGCCGACCCCCGGAACCCAAGGCCGGGCGCACCCGCGGCCGCCGAUGCCCCAGGUUUUGUGUGUGAAACUAUGUGGAAACCUGAAAUUCUAUCAGUCAAAUGUUUAUAGUACACUGGUGCCAUCUGAUGAAAUCACAAUUAGUUAUAAACAUGGCCUUCCCUUGAUAACACUUACUCUGCCGUCCAGAAAAGAGCGCUGUCAAUUUGUAGUCAAGCCAAUGUUAUCGACAGUGGGUUCAUUCCUUCAGGACCUACAAAAUGAAGACACAGGCAUCAGGACAGCUGCCAUCUUCACAGCAGAUGGCACUGAAAUUGCAGCUUCAACCUUGAUGGAAAUCUUGCUAAAGAAUGAUUUUAAACUUGUUAUUGAUAAAAUAACAUAUGAUGUACAGUGCCCUAAGAAAGAAAACCUGAGCAGCGAGCAGGCUACUGAGAUGGAAAACAUGAAAUCUUUGGUUUACAGACUGUUCACCGCCUUGCAUUUAGAAGAGUUUCAGAAGAAGAGAGAGCACCAUCUGCUGGAGAAAAUUGACCACCUGAAGGGACAGCUGCAGCCCCUCGAACAGAUGAAAGCUAGAAUCGAAGCUCGCUCAGAAGCCAAAAUCAGUGGACUCCUGUGGGCUGGAUUAGCGAUGCUGUCUGUUCAGGGCGGAGCAAUGGCCUGGCUCACCUGGUGGGUGUACUCCUGGGAUAUCAUGGAACCAGUUACAUACUUCAUCACAUUUGCAAAUUCCAUGGUCUUUUUUGCAUACUUUAUAGUCACUCGACAGGAUUAUACUUACUCAGCUGUAAAGAGUAGGCAGUUUCUUCACUUCUUCCAUAAGAGAUCAAAGCAACAGCAUUUUGAUGUGGAACAGUACAACAAGCUAAAAGAUGACCUUGCUAAGGCCACCGAAGCCCUGAGACAUGUGCGCCGCUCUCUCUAUUUGCGGAUGCAAGUAGAGGAACUCGAGGAAAAGAAGUAAUCUUACAUUUUUAAUGUCAGUGAAUUUUUCCAUGAUGUGUUUAUUUUGCAACUGAAACUUUUUGAAUCCCACAGUUCAUUUGCCUUUGACUGUUUCAAUCUCUUGUUAAUAAAAAAAAAAAAUGCUUGCAAAACA